AUGGAAAGGGAGAGCGUGAGAACCAAAAAAGCACCGGCCAUAAAGCUUGCCCACGCGGGUGCCGAAAAUUGCAUUAAGUUUUUUGUAUUUACGGUUGGUGAUGGGAUGAUCUCGAUGUUGCAGGUGUUCAAUUUCUCAGUUUUAGUCAGCUCUGAGCUGAUAAGCUCGCAAAAUAUACCCAAAAACACUCAAUCUGCACCAAGUGAUAGACAUUCAAAUGAUUACUGCGCAAUGUAUGACAUUUGUGGAGAACGUAGCGACGGAAAAGUCCUUAACUGUCCUUAUGGUUCGCCAUCCAUUAAGCCUGAUGAACUGUUUUCUGCCAAAAUACAAAGUCUGUGUCCAACUAUAAGCGGGAAAGUCUGUUGUACAGAGACUCAAUUUGACACUUUGAGGUCUCAAGUUCAACAGGCUGUCCCUUUUCUUGUGGGUUGUCCUGCAUGCUUAAGGAAUUUCUUAAAUCUCUUCUGCGAGCUCUCGUGCUCUCCCAAUCAGUCUCUUUUCAUCAAUGUCACUUCUGUUGCUGAGGUGAGUGGAAAUUUGACAGUGGAUGGUAUAGACUAUCACAUAACUGACACGUUUGGAGAAGGGCUUUACCAGUCCUGUAAAGAGGUGAAAUUUGGAACUAUGAACACACGUGCCAUUAACUUUGUUGGUGGUGGUGCUCAAAACUUCAGAGAGUGGUUUGCAUUUAUUGGUCAGAAAGCACCACCUGGCUUCCCUGGUUCACCAUAUGCAAUAAAUUUCAAGUCAAGUGCCCCUGACUCAUCUGCAAUGGCGCCAAUGAACUUAUCUGUUUAUUCAUGUGGUGACACAUCACUUGGAUGCUCUUGUGGUGAUUGCCCUUCGUCACCCGCUUGCUCAAGUCCCGAGCCCCUGCCGCCCCAUGAGGAAGACUCUUGCUCGAUUAGGAUCGGCCCUCUUAAGGUUAGGUGCAUUGAGUUAUCAAUGGUACUUGUAUACAUCUUGCUGGUGUCUUGCUUCUUCGGAUGGGCUGCUUUAAACCGAAGAGGAGAUAUAACACAGCCUGGUGGUAGCUCAGAGCCACUAUUGCAUCCGGUGGAAGGAGAUGUGAAAAGACGUGCUCACCUCUCUCCUGUUCAGAGAUACAUGGCAAAAUUUUACCGAACAUACGGGUCAUUGAUUGCUAGAAAUCCAUCUCUUGUACUUUUCACGUCGGUGGCUAUUGUUCUUGCGCUCAGUUCAGGUCUCUUUAAUUUUAAGGUGGAAACAAGGCCAGAAAAGCUGUGGGUAGGUCCUGAAAGCAAAGCAGCAGAAGAGAAAAAGUUCUUUGAUAGCCACCUUUCACCAUUCUACAGAAUCGAGCAGCUUAUAUUGGCCACUGUUCCUGAUCCCAAAAAUGGCAAGGCGCCUAGUAUUGUGACAGAGGAAAAUAUUCUUUUGCUUUUUGACAUACAAGAGAAGGUUGAUCAAAUUCGUGGAAAUAAUUCAGGCUCAGAGGUCUCUCUGACUGACAUUUGUUUGAAGCCAUUGGGAGAGGAUUGCGCCACUCAGAGUAUUCUGCAGUAUUUCAAGAUGGAUUCUGAAACUUUUGAUGACUAUGGGGGAGUUGAGCAUGCUGAGUAUUGUUUCCAGCAUUACACGUCAUCAGAGAUGUGUCUGAGCGCUUUUCAGGCGCCUGUUGAUCCUAGUGCAGUGUUGGGAGGAUUCUCGGGGAGUAACUUUUCGGAGGCUACUGCGUUUGUUGUAACAUAUCCAGUUAACAACGUCGUGGGUGAUUCAAGCAACCAGAACGCAAGGGCAAUUGCAUGGGAAAAAUCGUUCAUUCAGUUAGCAAAGGAGGAGCUGCUACCUAUGGCGCGGUCCAAGAAUUUGACUCUUUCCUUUUCAUCCGAAAGUUCAAUUGAGGAAGAGCUGAAAAGAGAGAGCACUGCUGAUGUUAUAACAAUAGCUGCAAGCUAUCUGGUUAUGUUUGUUUAUAUUUCCGUCACACUUGGAGAUGCUCCACAGUUUUAUACUUUCUACAUUUCAUCAAAGGUUCUGCUCGGUCUUUCGGGGGUUGUGCUUGUCUUGCUUUCUGUACUUGGAUCUGUUGGAUUUUUCAGUGCCCUUGGAGUUAAAUCCACGUUGAUCAUAAUGGAAGUCAUUCCUUUCCUAGUUCUGGCUGUGGGAGUAGAUAAUAUGUGCAUAUUGGUUCGUGCUGUGAAGAGACAACCUCUUGAUGUUUCUUUAGAGGAACGGAUCAGCUCCGCACUUGUUGAAGUAGGUCCAUCCAUAACGUUGGCAAGUUUAUCCGAGGUCUUGGCUUUUGCUGUUGGAGCUUUUGUUCCAAUGCCAGCAUGUCGUGUCUUUUCCAUGUUUGCAGCUUUGGCUAUUAUGCUGGACUUCUUUCUGCAAAUCACAGCUUUUGUUGCGCUAAUAGUUUUUGACUGCAAAAGAGCUGCGGAUAACAGGAUUGAUUGUUUCCCUUGCAUAAAAGUUUUUUCAUCGUCUCAAGAAUCUGUUGAAGGUGGAAGAGGAUCUGGGUUUCUUGAGAGAUACAUGAAGGAGGUUCAUGCACCCUUUCUUGGACUUUGGGUUGUAAAAUUGGUUGUUGUCGCUUUAUUCUUGGCUUUUGCGCUGGCAAGCAUUGCCCUAAGCCCAAGGCUGGAAACUGGCUUGGAGCAGAAAAUUGUUCUUCCUCGAGACUCUUACCUUCAAGACUAUUUCGACAGUCUCUCAGAGUACCUCAGAGUGGGGCCGCCUUUGUAUUUUGUAGUCAAGAAAUACAAUUAUAGCGUGGAAUCAAGGCAUACAAAUCAGUUGUGCUCUAUCAGCCAGUGCAAUUCAAAUUCCCUUUUAAAUGAGAGGCUUUUGGCUGCUGUCGGAAGUUCACUAAUGGUAGUUAUUGUCCUCCAGAUGACCAGGGAGAAACUACCCUGGUUUCUAAAUGCUUUGCCAUCGGCUGACUGUGCAAAGGGUGGUCAUGGGGCUUAUACGAACAGCGUGGAUUUAAAAGGGUAUGAGACUGGUGUUAUUCAGGCAUCUGAGUUCCGUACAUACCACACUCCACUUAACACACAAGGUGACUAUGUUAAUGCGCUGCGAGCUGCUCGGGAGUUCAGUUCAAGAUUAUCCAAUUCCUUGAAGAUUGAAAUCUUUCCAUAUUCUGUCUUCUACAUUUUCUUUGAGCAAUAUCUGAAUAUCUGGACAGUAGCUUUGACAAACCUCGCUAUAGCAAUCGGUGCUAUAUUUAUUGUUUGCUUAUUAUUCACUUCCAGUGCCUGGAGUUCAGCCAUCAUUGUUCUUGUAUUAUUGAUGAUACUCUUGGAUCUUAUGGGUAUGAUGGUGAUUCUGGGAAUCCAACUCAAUGCAGUUUCUGUUGUGAAUUUGAUAAUGUCAAUCGGGAUUGCAGUCGAAUUCUGCGUGCACAUAUCACAUGCUUUCCUGAUGAGUAGUGGGAACAGAGAACAAAGAGCGAGGGGAGCACUGGAAACCAUGGGAGCUUCAGUUUUCAGUGGGAUUACACUCACGAAGCUUGUUGGAGUGAUCGUGCUUUGCUUCGCAAGAUCGGAGAUAUUUGUGGUGUAUUACUUCCAAAUGUACUUAGCUUUGGUUAUAAUCGGCUUCUUGCAUGGGCUCGUUUUCUUACCUGUCAUAUUGAGUUUAGUUGGGCCUCCACAGCUACACUUGGACAUCGAGGAUCAGCAGCGGAGAGACGAAGCUUCUUCUUCCCUAUUGAACUGA